AUGCCCGAGUUAGGAGAAAUUGCCCAUGCCACGUCGAUUUUGCGGAAAUUUUUGGUUGGUAAAACCAUCAGAUCCGCGAUUGCCAAUGAAGACGAGCUGGUUUUUGUAAAACCAUUGACGGCGGGUUCAUUCCAGUCAUUUGUGGGUGGCAAGUCGGUGUCAGAAGUUAAUCGACAUGGAAAAUAUUUUUGGGUCCGGUUUGACAAAUCACCAGCAGUGCUGCUUCUUCAUUUUGGAAUGACAGGUUGGAUCAAUGUUAAGGGAGUCAAGACCCACUUUAUUGUCAUGGAGAACGGUGGAGACAAGAAAGCCCGUGAAAAGCUUAAACAGCAGACCAAAACAGAACCCGACGCUAUUGUCGAAGUUGAGUCCAAAGAGGUUUCUAAAGACUCAGUUUCAAAUUCUGGGUCGACGUUGACCACUGUAGGAUAUGUAAAAGACCCAGAUAUGGUGUGGCCACCGAAAUUCACGAAGUUCAUAGUCACAGCGGACGACGAUACCGAGAUCGCCUUCACUGACCCGCGACGUCUGGGCCGUGUGAGACUGAUCGAGGACGCAGCUACCGACCAAGACCUGUUUAAACUUGAGCCAUUGAGCAAACUGGGCAUUGACUUCUCAAAAACCGACGGUAGAUGGACCAAAGACACGUUUAUAACCCAGGUGUCGAACCGCAAGGUGCCUAUCAAGUCACUCAUCAUGGACCAGGCACUGUUUUCAGGGGUCGGAAACUGGAUAGCGUAUGUGAGGGACUGUGCCUCCGGCGGCUGGGCUCCGCCCAGACCCGUUGUGCUUGAUUUUUGA